UAAUCCUGCCAAAAAAGGGAGAGACAAAAUUAAAUACGGAAUGUUCGCGCGAGCACAGAGCUCGCGAUGAGACGCGAGUUUAAUCAACCUUCCCUUGCUUAAUAUAAACGGGGGGAGCUGCCAGUGGCCACUUUAUCCUCAUAAAUCUCAGAUCAUCACUUUCUUUUUGUUAGCCUUUAGACUUUAGAAAGGUUUAUCAUUAUCUAUUGAGCUAUCUCCCCUGUUCUUUUUUUUUUCUUCCUUUUGUUCGUAUCUCCCCUGUUCUUCAGUUUUGUUCUUUAUCUAGAAGUGUUGACUUCGAGUCAAUCAUCAAGUUUUCGAAAGAUUCAGGCAAAUCAAAUGGUUUGGAACCGAAAAUAGUUGAUAGUAGAUAAUUGUGGGUAAUAAAAUCGAGAUGCAGCUAAAGUUUUACAACAGAAAACAAGUCAAAAACUUAGUGAAGGUUAGAAGAAAAUAGUGGUAUAUUACUGAAGCUCAUUAAUGGAGGGUAAAGGUACCAAAUCGGGGAAAACCCGAGCUCAAAAGGAUGCUCAUAACGCCCGUUGCGUACAGUACAGGCAGAAAACUAAAAGGAGGCUAGAGGAGCUUGAACAGGUGAAGACCAAGUACUAUGAAAUGCUCCCAAUCUUCAAGCAGAUGCAAACUGAAAACCAGCAGAUGAAAAUGGAGUUGAAGCAAAACGAGUCUAUAAUUCAAUAUAUGCAAAAUUGUAUUCAACAGUUUAAGACUACACUUGAGGCACAGGGGCAAAGCUAUACUUCUUUUGAUGAGUCCAUAGGAUGGUUUCUGUCUCAAACCAAUGUGCAACAUGGUCUAGUUUCAUCAACUUCUGGAUUUGUUGUACAAGAUGUUAAUGAAUUAUCGGGAUUGGGAGUGAGUGGGGCAACCAACUUUCAAGCUUCCAUGGACAAUUUGUAUCAGCAAAUGGGUUUUGGCCAGUACUAUAACAACACUGCUGCUUCUAUUGCUGCUGGCCCUUCCUCUGUUGCCCCAAAUAGUCAUGGUACUAAAGCAGGGGUUGAGAUUAAUUCUGCUGCUGGAUUCCUUGGUACAAAUCAUGAUUUGCCCGAGUUUGAUGUUACGACCAAUCACAAUAACCUUUUCAACUAUGAGCUUGGUGCCGGAAUUGUGCCUGAUUCUUCUGUUGGCUCUUCCUUGGGAGCAGCAAAUCCUGAAGUGGAGAAUGAUGGCAAUCCUCCUCCUCAUACCCUGUUUCAGGGUCACUUUGGAAAUGAUCUCCACAAGACUCCAUAACUCAAGUUAAACAUUAAUUAGCCAUUUAUGUCGUGUCCGAGUCUUUUAUUUAUUUCUUGUCAUCGUGAGACUGUUUUGUUUUCCCCAUUGGUUGUUGCAACUUUGUAUGUUGAAUGCGUGUUUUGAUUUAUCUCGUGAGAGAAGCUAAACUAUUCAAUAAGCAAUUUACCGUACAGCGUGCUUAUGUUUAAA